AUGGCAGACGAUACCUACAACCAGGUCGUAUACAUUGGGAAGCCGAAGCCCGGUGGUCUGUCCGGCCUUGAGACAGGUGUCCUGAAGACGACCCAGCCAGACUUAUAUCGCCUUCUGGAGGCGCUGAUGGAAUCCUCCAAGGCCACGGCUGCCCAGGCAAGGGAGAUACUCGUUUCCAUAGACGAUCGGAAAACCAUCCCGACGCCUGCGGGUCAAGAGAUCGGCCAGAUAAGCUCCGUAAGACGGCAGGCCAGGGAGCUCAAGAAAAUGGCGGAGAGCCUGAGUAAUGACAGUGAAGCAUAUAUCAAGGCGUACAUUGUGUCCCUUGUUCGGCCCGGAUCGCCGGAGGAGAAGAUGCUUUCUCAUUUCACGAGAGAUGUAAGGGAUAUCAUUCAACAUGUGCUCGAUAGUGGCUGCGACGAUGUCGACGUACUCCGAGAAGUGUUGGAAAUGUGCUAUGAAGAAUGUCUCAAUGGUCGUCUACAUCCGGACAACUACUUCAUUCCAUUGUCUGAGGCCUGUCUUGUAACUCCUUACGAUCCUCAUUUCGAGAGCGAGGCCUACUACGACCGUGAAGACCGUUUGCUUCAUGACGAAGCCUACUCCGAGGCUUACGGCGCGAGAAGUCCCCGAAGAUUGGACAACCAGAGAAAAGAACAAGAGAAGACUGCCGAGCAGUGGGUUCGAUUUUGGGUUGAAGCACUUAAUAAAUGCUACGGUGGGCCAACUAUCUUCUAUCCUCCAGCAAGUCGCCAUCCUGGAUGUCAGCUUGCAGAUGUCCCACGGUAUUUGUUCAGAGCGUUCGACAUUGAAAGCUCGUGUACGCUCAAUGGAGACAUCGUGGCCUCUAUGGAGACCAAGUAUCCCCAUGCGGGAUCUUGGCGCGACAGAAUCGACCUUCUCUCUCUACAGGACGAAGAAGCAGCCUCGAUGCUGUUCAAACAUUUGAGAAAUAUCCACUUUGGAGCCGAUGAGUCGGAUAAUCUUGUAUCGUGGAGCAGCUCCCUACUUUUCACUAUUCAGUGCGCGAUUUGGAGAUGCUACGGACGUAGGCCUCGCAAGGACCGCUGGCAAACACCUUACGAGGUGAAGAUAUGCGCAAUUGAUACGACAAAAUUUCCUCGUGGGCAGUUUGCACAUAGCAAAUCUUUGCUUCACGCUUAUCGCGGCAUUGCUAAACGCGACAAAGAAAUGGAGAGCUUUUUCAAUCAUCGGCUUGACAAUGAUGAUUACGAUAAUGGAGAAUAUCUGUCUCAAGGAGCGUUGCACCAUGGCGGACGAUCUUGUGUAAUGUCUCUUUCUCAGCUAAUUCAAGCAGGGUUGUAUAACCUAUACCCGGAGUUUGAUGAUGCCGUAGCAAGAAAGACAUGCUCCGGCCAUGUGCGAGAGCUUCGGAACAACAUAUGGUCUGGCGAGUAUACAACAAGGCGGCUGGAGAUGCAACAAGCGUUGAAAAUUGCUCAGAAGUGUUUUAAGAACUUUGAAGCAUCCGAUAUAGCAUUGGUUCUAUUAUUAUUCAAAAGACGAAAGCCCCGGAAGAGAAUAUCGCAAGAUCUGCACGAUUACCGUCCAGCAGAGGUCAAACGCUACAUGGACUUCCUUCAAUCAAUGCCGCCAAGCCCACGUAAAGGGAGGUUUCAGAACUCUCGCCAUGAUCAACUUCCACCAGAGCGUAUUCUAGAGGACCUUCUAGAGAUAUCUUGA